AUGGUGGCAAGACUCCCUGCCCUUCUCAGGAAUGCCUGGGCCAAGGAGCCAGUCCUGGUGGUGUCCUUCUUCACUGGGAGCCUCACUGUAGUUCUGCCCCCAAUCAGCCCCUACUUCAAGCACUCUGUCAUGAUCAACGAGGCCACGUCCUACAACUACACAGUGCCUGUCUGCCAUGUUGGGAGCAUGCCCGAAGUACCCAGCCACCCCCAGAAACCCCAGGGGCCCAGCCUGGAGUGGCUGAAGAACCUGUGAGCACCUCCCCUGGCUCCUAAUAAAAAUGUGAACCCCCUCCCGCAAAAUAAUGUAAAGAAUAAAAUAAGUUUAAACAAAAAUGGAAAUAUAACUAUAUUGGGAAGAUUA